AUGGGAGCUGUGGUGAAGCGAUGUUUGAGAUCCCGGAAUGCCCGGUCAGCAGCUGGAGACCAUGUGAACGGAACCUUGGGCGAGCUGGUUCUCCAGGAGGCGUUGGAGAACCUGUCAGACGUGGAGCACAUGUUCUUGGUCGUCGGCCCCUGUCCCAGCUCUGCUGCCUCCACCAGGAGGUGUCACUCCAUCUAUAAGGGCUUCGCUCAGUGUCUGAUGGCUCUGGGGGACAGCCUGACUGAGAGUGCCCAGAAGAAUGAGGAUACACAGGAGAUACACACCAUCUGCAAGUCCUGGGAUGAGUUUCAUGACUGUGCGAACGUGGCGAUGGCGGGCUGUCCUGAUGAGGCUGCUGCAGUCUGGGAGUCUCUGCGACAGGAGUCCAAGAAGAUGCAGUUUUCUGGUAACCUGUAUGACAUGUGCUCCAGUCGUAACCAACCAGCUGGCACUGCUGAUGCCCUGAGCCCACCCAACCAGGAAGAGAUUAACCAGGAGUCUCUAAAAGCACACACCCACCAUCUAGGUCCCUUCUCUCCUUUGCUCUCCUUAUGUCUGUCCCUUCUGCUGAUGUUGGCCAAGAUAUAG